GAAAGAUGGCGGCGCAAACGGACCGCGGCGUCCCUCUGAGUACGCUUUGUCCCAAGUUCCUCCAUACAAAUUCCACCAGUCACACCUGGCCCUUCAGCGCCAUAGCUGAGCUCAUAGACAAUGCCUAUGAUCCAGAUGUCAAUGCCAAACAGUUCUGGAUCGAUAACACUGUGGUCGAAGGACAAGAAUGCCUCAGCUUUAUGGAUAAUGGAAAUGGACUGGACAAUGACACAAUGCAUAAGAUGCUCAGCUUUGGCUACAGCGAUAAGAUUCCUAUAAAGGGUGUCAAGCCAAUUGGUAUGUAUGGCAACGGCUUCAAGUCCGGAUCCAUGCGUCUCGGCAAAGACGCCAUCGUGUUUUCCAGGUCAAAAAAAGCGUCAUGUGUUGGAAUGCUCUCUCAGACCUACCUGGAAAAGAUUGGUGCUAACCAAAUAAGUGUACCAAUCGUCUGCUUUGAACAGAAUGAAACAAACAAAUUAAGUGUAAGAGAGGAGCACAAAGCCAGUCUACAGGACAUCCUCCGCUAUUCUCCUUUUAAGACACAGGAACGGCUGCUCCGUGAGGUCAAUAUCCUCACUUCCAGCUCUACAGGGAAUACUGGCACACGGAUCAUCAUCUGGAAUCUCCGCAGCACAUCUACAGGGAAAGAGUUUGACUUUAUGAAGGACCGUUACGACAUCCGAAUUCCAGCCGAUGUCUAUGAGACGAUGAGUGACACCUCUCAACAACCAGACAAUUAUGUCAACAUUCCUGAGAGUUCUUACUCCCUGCGGGCGUAUUGCAGUAUUCUCUACCUGAAGCCUCGGAUGCAGAUAAUCAUACGAGGUCAAAAGGUGAAAUCUCAGCUAAUCGCUAAGAGUUUGGCCUCGGUCAGAAAGGACCACUACAGGCCCAAUUUCCUGCCCAACCGCAUUCCUAUCACUUUUGGUUAUAACACCAAAAGUAAAGACCAGUAUGGUAUAAUGAUGUAUCACAAGAAUCGUCUCAUCAAGGCCUAUGAACGUGUGGGCUGCCAGCUCAAGGCCAACAACAAAGGUGUUGGGGUCAUUGGGGUCAUCGAGUGUGACUUUCUGGAUCCGACUCACAACAAACAGAGUUUUAAUGAGACAGAUAAGUACAGGAAAACUAUAAACAGUCUGGGGAUCAAACUUGAAGAGUACUGGAAUGAAAUCCGCUUCAGCAGAAAAAAAGAUGAUCCGACCAGCACCACACCAGUAGAAGAUACCAUGAAGCGACCAGAUCAGAACUGGGUGCAGUGUGAUGAUUGUUUGCGCUGGCGCAAACUCCCUGAUGGGAUCGACUGCAGCAAGCUGCCAGAUAAAUGGUUCUGCUGUAUGAACCCUGAUCCUCAGUACAGGAGCUGCCAGGUAGAAGAGGAGCCUGUGGACUCUGAUGAUGAUCAACCGUCAUACCGCAAGACCUAUAAACAACAAGAGAAAAAAGAUAAAAUGAAACUAGAGAGAGAAAGGCAAAAGGCUGAGGAGGAUCGAAAGCAGCAGGAAAUUGAGCGUUUGGCUAAUCUCGCCAGGCAGAAAGAGGCUCAGAGACAGCAGCAGAUUGUCCAGUCCCCCUCCACCCCCACUACCCCAAGGAGCAGGUUUCAUACUCUGUCACCACGUGGGGGAGCUGUUAGAGCUGAAUCCUCUCCACUGAGGUCCUCCACCAUUUCACAAGCUGCUUGCAGCCCCUCCAGUAACAGUGGUCUUCCAGUUAUUACCAGUGUGUGCUCGCUAUCAGCCGGCCCCAUGAGGGGGAAAAGAACACAGCCUAUUUCUCCACAAAUAACACCCAAAAGACCUAAAGUGAACGGCUUCCUACGGGGAAACUCGGAUGCAUCAGUGAGCACACCGAGCUCCCCAUCAGUGCUCAUAGAUAUUGAUAAUGAUGACGAUACAGAUGAUGACAUUGUCAUCUUGGAGACCGCCAGUACCCCCAAGCCAAAAAAGCCAGGCUUUGAUCUGACUAAAGUGAAAACAGAACAAAAUGAUACAAAUGUCGGCAUGCUGUUGGAGUGCACAGAUGAUGCUGCCGUGGAUGACGCCUCGGACACUCACGUUGCAGGAGCGGGCUCUGCGGGGUCGGCAGCUGCAGGGUCAACAGCCGCAGGAACCAGUCCCUCCCCGGUACCCCCUCCAGAAGUGGCCAGCAUCACGACACAGACAGAGGUACCCAAAGUGAAGAAGGAAACAGAGGACCAAAAUCAAACUGAAGGGGAGGAGAGAGCAAAGCAGAGUACAUCAAAGGAGAGUGCCACAGUACAGCGUUCAGAUGUCGCCGUCGACGACAAUGAGCAAAGAGUAAUUAAGGAAGAGAGCAGUAGAUACGUUAGCAGUGAGAAACGUGGAACGUUGCAGAAUGGGGUGACAGAUCAUCAGGAUAAUGACGAAGAUGCUGGACCUUCCGGUGCAAACGCUGGCGACUCUCCGCCUCACUUCCCCAGUCUGACCGAGGCACAGGAACAGCAAGACCGCCUCCUAGCACUCAUGCAGGCUGCAGCUGAGGAGAGAGACUCCUUCAAAGAGCAGGUCCAGACUCUCACCCGCCAGCUGCGGGAGAUGCAGAGUAAACUGCAGGAGCUGUCUCAGGUCAAUGUAAAGAAGGAGUGCUCACACCAGGCCAGCCAGACAGAUGACACAGAGGGCGGGAAGGACUACAAAAGUCUGUUUGAGAAGGCCAAACAGAAAGUCGAUGAACUGAUUAAAGACAAAGAGAAUUUACUGGCAGCUGCUGAGACCAAACCCAGUACUGCACAAAGUGAGGAAAAGAACAGUGAUGAGAUUGCACUGCAUGUUGACCGUCUCAUGCGGGAGCUUGAUCAGAGGAACCAGGAGAGGGAUGAACUGCGCUCACAGUUGGACAGUGUGGAGGAGGAAAGGGCGAAUCUGGCAUUCCAGUGUGAGGAGCUCAGGCUGAGCCUGGAGCAGCAGAGGGAAAACACACAAGAGCGAAGCACAACUCCACAACCAGCGACCGAUUCCACUGCACAAACAGAUCCAGAGGAGGCCGCAGCGACAGGGAACUCUGGCACAGAUUCAAACUCGGAUACAUCCAGAAGUUUGAUCGAGCUGAGGCACAACGUCGGCCGCCUUCUCAUCACCUACUUGCCUGCUCUGGACCUGGACCAAGUGAAUUAUGAGUGUAACGUUAUCGAUGAAAUCCUAGAGCAGGUUCUCUCCAAUGUGGAAUCCGGCGAAACGGUGAUGCUGGGGGACAGAGGAAUAAAUGAAUGAAAUCAUCGGAUCUUGGAAUUAAGUUGAAAAAGGGAUAGUUGUACGCACAUCGUGCAGGUGCAAAGCUCUCAAAAAACUUGCAUGAAGAAAAAAAGGUAACGCCUACACACUUAGUCUAUGCCACACAAGUUCAUUCAAGACAACGUUUCGACCCCUCUCAGAUCUCCGGAUCCCACCUGGAUCUCGAAACAUUGUCUUGAGUGAGCUUGCGUGGCAUGAAGUAAGUGUGCAGGCGUUCAUUUUUUUUUUCAUCUUGGAAUUAGGUGCCACAGUCCAUCCAUAUUUAAUCAAAAGAGAUCCUUAUGAGCGCAAAGAAAUUAUUUAUUUAAAGGUUUGAUGUUUUUUUUAUUGAGAUAAAAUAAAUACAAUACAGUAUGAGCUGCUUUGCUUUAUGUCUUAAUCUUAUUAAAUAUAAAUGCAAUAUAAAUAAUACAAUCACAUGUACAUUGAUGAAUAUUAUUAGCCAUUUCCUUAGGAUUGAAAGUGUAACAUAAGCCAGCUCUCUCAAAGACCUGUAUGUGAUUUUGUUCCUGUUUUACAAUGACCACUGACUGUUUUCUCUUUGGUUUGACUUGAAUGACAUUUUGUAUGUUUUCUGUCAAAUAUAUUUUUAUAUUUCCUG